GACGACCUUCAUCCUGGUGUCCGUUGGGACUAUGCUCUUUGGAUCGGUGCAAUCCGUCUGUGUGGAGAUCGUACAGCGCAGGAUUACCUGUGAUGUUCGCACAGUAAUGUUCGAGAGCCUGAUCAAGCAAGACAUUGCCUUCUUUGACGGCACCAUGACUGGCCAGCUCACCUCGCGCAUGACCAACGACGUGGCGGCGGUGGUGCAGCCGGUGAGGCAAAUCAUGAACACCUUCCUGACAGCCAUUCUGCGGCUCAUUGGGGGUCUCUUUAUGUGCCUCCUUACCUCCUGGAAACUCACAGUUCUGGCCGCCACAAUGAUUGGCCCAGUAGUGUACCUCACUGGAGUCUAUGCCAAAUGGUCCAAGCAGGUCAACAUGUCCAUCCGCGUGUCCAUGGCGGAGGCCAAUGCUGUGUCCACCGAAGCGCUGCGCAACAUCCGCACGGUGCGAUCUUUUGGGGCCGAUUUGCUGGAAGUUGGCGCCUUUAGGCAACACAUGGAUACAGCGCUGCAGAACGGUAUGAAGGAUUCCUAUGCCUCCGCUGGGGUGUCAGCCAUCACUCAAUACCUGGACUUUGCCGCCACUAUCUUGAUCUUGUGGUAUGGCGGCUAUGCAGUACUUGGCGAAGGGCAGAGUGAUUUGCAGAUCGGUAACCUCAUCACCUUCAACCUGUACUGGAAUAUGCUCAAUAACUCCAUCACUGGCCUCAACGGCAUGUUGAACACCUUAGUGAAGGCGGCUUCGGCUGCCCAGCGCGUGUUCGAAAUCAUCGAUUUGGAACCAGAUAUCCCUGCGGAUGAAGGUCACAAGGGGCUGGAUGAUGGUCCUGUGAGUCUCGCCUUCAAGGAGGUCUGCUUCUACUACCCCAUGCGACCAGAUGCCAUGGUCCUCAAGGGUUUGAGCUUCACAGUAGGUGCUGGUCAAACUGUGGCGAUGGUGGGGAAGAGUGGCGCUGGCAAGAGCACCCUGGUGGGCUUAAUGCUGCGAUUCUACGACCCCAAGGGCGGGCAGGUGCUGUUGAAUGGUGAGCCCCUGACGGAAUACAACCUACGACUCUACCGAAAGAAAGUGGGAGUCGUGUCUCAAGAUACACAGGUGUUCUGCCGCUCUAUCCUGGAAAAUCUGACUUAUGGCCUGGAACCAGGAGAAGUACCGCAGCAAGCGGAGGUUGAGAAGGCGGCUGAGGCGGCAAGUGCAAACGACUUCAUCCAGAAGUUGGAGGAGAAGUACCAAUCGAUGAUAGGCGAAGGUGGCACGCGACUGAGCGGUGGCCAGCGACAGCGGGUGGCCAUUGCCCGGGCGCUUCUGCGGGGGCCCAAGCUGCUCCUGCUGGAUGAGGCAACCUCAGCCCUCGAUGCAGAGAACGAAGGGAAGGUGCAGCGGGCCCUAGACGACUUGGUCCAUUCUGUCCAUGGCAACUGUUCUGUGGUCCUUAUCGCCCACCGCUUGUCCACCGUCAUAGGAGCUGAUAAGAUUGUGGUCAUGGAUCAGGGCCUAGUAGCAGAAGAAGGAACCCACGAGGAGCUUUUAAAGAGCGACAACAUCUAUGCUGGCCUCGUGAAGAGGCAACUGGCAAAGGAAGCCAAUGUUGUUGGUGAGGAUGCAGCCGAGGCCGGCCAGGGCAAAGGCAAGGGACGCUUCAAAGGCAAGAAGGCCAGAGAGGGCUUGGAAGCUGACAGUGCUGACAGCGAGGCACCUGAUGGUCCUGGACAAAUGCAGGGCAAGGGACGUGGCAAGUGGAAAGGCCGGAGGUCGGAAGGAGCAUCAGACGGACCUGAUUCACCAGAUGAAUGACGAGCCUUUUGCCAUGACGAGCCAGUCGUUGUACAGUGAUGGCAGCAAUGGGGUCGUCGGAAAAUGUUGGGAAAGCCGAU